AUGGACGAGAAUGAUCCGAUCGUACGUGAAAUUCCCGUACAUCUCAAUGAAGGAUUGGGUCAUAAUCUCUACAUGGUCCAGUUUCCACUGCGACCAACGUAUCGCCCAAUGUCAGAACCACCGCGUCGUGCACGUAUUAAGCCAAAUAAUCAGAUGAUGCAGCUUGAUUUUGCUGUCGAUCAGCGCUCUGAACACUUUGAUCAGGACGCAGAGGAUUAUCUCAAGCAAAAGUAUCUACGGAUGCAGUCGGCGAACGUCCCGGCGCUUACCAACUACGUUGUAGGCGUUUUUCGACAAGGUCAACUACAUCUUACACCGCUAUCUUCGGUCAUGCAGAUGCGUCCGAGUCUUUCGCAUAUUGACGAUGCAGUGAAUGAGGAAGUGAUGGAAGUGGAGGAGAAAGUAGAGCCGCCCUCGUCCGAGAUGAAAGAAGUGCAGUUUCAAUUUAAAAAGAAACAGUCAAAACGCGCUAUUCUAGCCAUUCAAAACUCGUACGCAUACAAGAAGCAGCAGAUUGACGCCGAGAACUGGAUUGAACUUCAGGUGCAUGAUAAAAACAGCAAUGGCGCUGAUGAUGAGUUUGAAAACUUGUUCAGUGAAAAAGAAGAAGAGGUGGUGUCGACUAUGACACCGGAAGAAUACAUUAAGGCAAUGCAGUACCGUGUAUUGGCAUCUGUUGAUAAACCGACGACUCCACAGAACCCAUCACAGACUAAUGAUGAAAACGAGGAGCAAGAAGAAAAGACAAUGGAGCCUGUUACUGGCCAGCUGCUUCGCGGUGUUGACGCAAAGUACUCGGAUGUUCUACGACUGCUUGCAACUGACCACAUCAUGCAUUUCGAUACGGUUGCGAAGCUCCUUCCAGCACGAAGUGAGGAAGAGCUAUUGGAAGCACUCAAACAUGUUGCCGUGCAUGUGCGAGGACGCCUGCUUCCAACUAGCACCUUAGUGUGCCGCGGAGCGACGACAGUGCGCACCCGCAAUAAUAUUCUUAAGGCACUUACGAAGACACCUGCCGGUGUAUCACGCAUGGAACUGGUAGAAAAAUUUUCUGUGGACGCUGAAGUGGCCAAAACUAUCUUGACCGAGUUUGCUGUUCUUGAGUCAGAAACACGCAAGUGGAGCUUUCGAGUGGGUCACGAUGACAGUUUUGCCAAGAGAUUUCCUGCCGUAGCAAAGGCAAUCAAACUUUAG